GUUAUGACAAUGAUGCCCCUGCCAGUGUGCUACACAGCGGCUGUAUAAAUCUGGAGCGGGCCUGUUGGGAAGGUUCUGAUAAACAUCGGGCUAAAAAAGUGGUGUGAGGCCCAAACAUGGAGCCAGUGGGGAAGAUCAUCUUUUACCAAGACCACAACUUCCAAGGUGACUAUUUUGAGUGCAGCAGCGACUGUCCCGAGCUGAACAGUCACUUGAGGCGCUGCAACUCAGUACGAGUCAAGAGUGGCGCCUGGGUUCUGUUUGAGAGGCCCAACUACCUGGGCAACCAGUAUGUCCUGACCAAAGGGGAGUACCCAGACUUCCGCCAACGGAUGGGAUUGACUGACAGCGUCCGCUCCUGUCACGUUAUUCCAAAUGUUUCUGGCGCCUUCAGAAUCCGUGUCUUCGAGCAUCCCGACUUUGCCGGUCAGAUGCUGGAGUGCACACAAGAUGUCACCCAGCUGUCCGACCUUUGGUACCAGGGGGCGGUCCACUCAGCCCAAGUGCAGGACGGUGCCUGGGUCUUCUAUGACCUUCCAAACUACCGCGGACACCAGUACCUGCUGGAGAGGGGGCAGUAUCGUCGCUACACAGAGUGGGCCGCCAUGGACCCCACAGUGGGGUCCCUCCGGCGAGUCCUUGCUGUUUAGAUGGCCUCGUUCUGGAAUUGUCUUUUGACACCACUUUCCUGUGCGCAAUAAAGAGGUGAUGCAGGAAACA